CCUGCAGCCGUCGUUGAUUCUCAGGUAUUUUCUCUCUCGAUCCGUUCUUCGGAAAUCAUUUUGAUAGUUGAAUAAUCAUUCAUUGAUUCAAACUAUUGUUUAUUUGCUUUCUCUUUUUCCAGAUUUUGAAGACGAAGCCAUGAGUAAGCUUCAAAGUGAUGCAUUGAGGGAAGCAAUCACCCAAAUUGUUACUGAUUGCAAUGAAAAAAAGAGAAAUUUCACAGAGACUAUUGAGCUUCAGAUUGGUUUGAAGAAUUAUGACCCACAAAAGGAUAAACGUUUCAGUGGUUCUGUUAAGUUGCCACAUAUCCCACGUCCCAAGAUGAAGGUUUGCAUGCUUGGAGAUGCUCAGCAUGUGGAAGAGGCUGAGAAAAUGGGAUUGGAGUUUAUGGAUGUGGAAGGGUUGAAGAAGCUGAACAAGAACAAGAAACUUGUUAAGAAGCUUGCUAAGAAAUACCAUGCUUUUUUGGCAUCUGAAGCAGUUAUUAAGCAAAUUCCUCGUCUUCUUGGACCUGGUCUCAACAAGGCAGGCAAGUUUCCAACCCUUGUGUCUCAUCAAGAAUCGCUUGAAUCGAAAGUGAAUGAGAUUAAAGCAACUGUGAAAUUCCAGUUGAAGAAAGUUCUUUGCAUGGGAGUUGCAGUUGGGAACCUUUCCAUGGAGGAAAAACAGAUGUUUCAGAAUGUGCAAAUGAGUGUUAAUUUUCUGGUUUCAUUGUUGAAGAAGAACUGGCAGAAUGUGAGGUGCUUGUAUCUGAAGAGCACAAUGGGGAAGCCAGUUCGAAUCUUUUAAGCCAGUUUUUGAUUAUUGUGAGGUUUUUUAUAAUAUAUGCUUCUUCUUCUUGUUUUCAAUUUUGUUGAAGGAGAUGGUUGGAUUCAGAGUUUCUUAAUGUUUCUAGUUGAUGACAAGUUUUCUAUUACAAAGACAUGUUCAUUCAAAUCUUCAACACAUUUAGACAGAAGUUUUGCUUUU